AUGUCCAUCGUUUCCCCAAGUUCCUUUGGAGCUCAGACCCUUUCCCGGCUUUCCCUCUCCCUCCUAAGUUAGCUCAUCUGUACGAUUUUCUCGAGUAUUCUCGAGUAUUCUACCGAGCUUCUCGAUUCUCUCAUCCGUCAGCCUUCUACAGAGUCCUGGAGCAUGUACGGCUACGUCCCAAGGGGUGAUCGGCAUUUAGAAAUUGGGACCGACUCGCUCGCUCGCCCGGGCUCGGACCGCUUGCCUCGCCGGACGGUCGACGACGACCACCAUGGCUCUGUUGAGGGCGAGACGCGCGCACCCGCAUCGGCAGCAAUUUCGCUGUCAUCUGGUUGCCCACCCCCGCCCCCGUCGCCAUCGUCGCUGUCACCAUCGCAUCCGGACAUAACCCAAGAUCGAGCGCAGGCUCAGGCCGACGACGAGGUCUUGCCCUCUCCGUCGUCGCCGAGCAUGGCGCCCUCUCCGACGACGGCGAGUGGCGCGCACCCGUUCCAUCUCGACCGUGAAUCUCAGCGUGAUCAGCAGCGUGACCACCCUACCCAUCACCCGCACAUGAUGCAUGCGACCGCGAGCAGUUCGGCGCAUGGCACAGGUACGGGCAACGGUAGUAGGACCCAUCGUAGUCCCGACAUGCGACGCAAGGCCGAGUUGAACGCGCCUCCGAGACUGAGCCCCAACGGCAACAAGCGAGUCCGUCCGUCAAACUCGCAGUCGGCCUCCUCGGCGGAGACAGGCUCGGAUCAUGCUGCUGCGAAUGGCGGCGCCGGCGCCGAUCAGGCGAUCGCAUCGGACUCUCACGACGUCGGCGAUUUCACCGCGGUGCAACACACCAACCCGUCGAACCCAGACGACUGGGCCAAACGCACCGCUUCGUUUGAGGCGCAUUCCAACCUCAAACGCAGCUCGCAGUGGGACGGUCCGACGGUCUCGUCGCCGGGACCGUCGUCCCACUUCAAUCACCACCACGAGAGGCCUCCGUCGCCAAGUGGGGGAGCAUCGUCGGUCUGGGCCCAUUCGCCCAUCGCAGUAGGCAGCACCCUGCUGUACAUCCUCUUCAACACGAUCUCGACGACCAAAUUACCGAGUGCCGUGCUCGACCACCCCGAGGCGAGCUUGACCAUACCGCUGUGUCACUUUCUCGUCCUGGGACUGUUGGCGAGCGUGCACGGUCGCGUGAGGUCCGACAAAUCGCCAUUCGCUCGACCUUGGCGGAUGUGGGUCAUGCCUUACGUCGGCAGCAUCCACACCGACUCUCGUCGAGUGUGGACGAGUCGGGUGUUGGGAUUGACCAGUUCCAUGUCGUUGAUGGCGAGCAUGCGAGCCGUGUCUCUGCUCGACGGCCGAGUUUCGGCUGCGGUAGAGGUACGGGAUCCUGAAGGCGCCUAGAGUUUCAGAACCCGAAGAGUGCUGAAUUUGUCGUCGUUUUAUCAUUAUUACAGGUCCAGAUCAUCCCGUUCAUGCUCAUGCUCGCGGUAUCGACACCCCUCAACUCGCUCUUGCCUAACUCGACUCGCGCCGGGCUGCCGAAUCAGACCCUGUCGACGAUCGCGAUCUCAACGGCGUUCCUCGUCGCCUUCUCCCUGAUCGGGGCACCAGCCGACCCUAUCGGCCUGUCCGCGGCUUUAAUAAGGGUUCCCAUUGAGGCGACUCGCAUCGUAGUCCUCCGCGAGGCCUUGCUUGACCCGAACCACGCGGGGGAAAUGCUGAUAGGGGCAGCCUCCGUGAGUGGCCCGCGCUCUCCUUGUGUGCUCAAUCAACAUGUUCGCUGACCUUAUCGUUUCUUUCAAUGGACUUAAGGUCGCUUUUGUAACCACUCUGAUCCCGGGCAUCGUCCCGCUAAUCCACCAACUCGAUCAACUUCACGACGUGUGGUCUCCGCAAUCCACUUCCGACCUUCUCGCUUUCUCUGGGUGGUACCUGUUGUCUCAGCUUGUUCUAUUGGCAUCGCUCGCAUACGCAUCCUCAGCCCUGUACUCCGCCAUCGCAUUAUUCCCUCGCAAUUUUUCUCUCCUCAUUCUGUCGACCAUGGAUCGCUAUGGCGUACCCCUUCGAGCCAGUUGGUCCCAAAUGGCCAUCGUCCUCGCCUGCGGCACGUUCGCGAUUCUCUGUGCCGAUCCCGAUACCGUCGCUUCCUAUUCGUGCCUUGCCACCCGUGCGACACGCCUCGUCCACCCUGUAACUCAAAGUCGAGGCAAGUACUCGCACUUGCCGUCCUCCUCCGCCGACAUACCCAUGGCUUCUUCACCCAUCAUACCGUCGCUCAGUCCAAAGAAGCAGUACCCCCCUUCCUCGUCCCACUCGACUUCGAUCUCGCUCCGUGCCGCCAUUCUACCCCUUCUCCCUUCACUCUACUUCAUCAUUCAGCACCCGUCUUCGGGGCUCCGCCUCGAGAUGGCCUGUCGUGCCCUCCCCGCCACCGCACGUGGGAGUCUCUGCAGUGUCCCCAAAAUCAACGGCAUCACCUCUCGUUCGGUCGACCUCGUCGUGUCCUACUACAAGGAAGACACUCAAGCGGCGAAGGAACAUAUUGCAGCCAUGCGGGCUGUUCCAUUCGUUCAAGAUCGGGACCACAAGGUCCUGGUGUACGACAAGGGACAAAAUGACGAGAACACGUUGAGGGAAGCCCUGGGCUUGUUGUUGCAUGACGAGGUGAUACGUUUGCCGAAUGUCGGGCGCGAAGGGGCUACCUAUCUCCAGGUGAGUUGCUCUCCUCGACGAUACCCACAAGUGCGAAGCGCGAUUUAAAACUAGCCUUUGCUGAUCAGUUCUUGCUGCCGGUCAUCACACAGCACGUUCUGAGACACUAUAACGCAACCGUCGCCCUCCUCGACGCGGAGAUCAACACCUGCGCCGCAGCGCAGCACAUCGCCCCGCGGGACGCCCACCGAGUCCUCGCCGACCACACCUUCUUCCUGCAGCCCCACUUAGCAUGGCACUGGAUCGCAAAACCUCGCAUUGACCUCGUUGGACCUGAUACUGGGUUUGCCCACUUUGGUCCGUUGUUAAGGACUGAUUGCGGAGUUGAUGGGAGAGGGCGUGGUACGUACGAGUAUGUUAAGGCGUUUUAUAGCAUCUUCACGGGGAAUAUAUGUCCCCCGACGGGUCAACUCGUAAGUUCCAUCUGCUUCGCUGUGGUGAGCUUGUAUGAUCGAGACUGAUAAUUGUUAUGCUUUCCGUCGCAGUCGGCAUGGUCUGCGCAAUUUGCCGUCUCACGUCGACGAAUCAUGGCGAACGAAUACGCGCGCUAUGCCCACGUCUCAUCCCUACUCGAAGCCCGCGACGGUCAUUGGAUCCACGACCUAUGGGGCGCGAACAAUUCAGGCGGGUCCUCGAACCCUGCAAUAGGACAUCAUCUCGAACGCAGUUGGCCGAUCGUUUUUGGUUGUACGGAUCCCAUGAUCGCGGAUCAGUGUCCUGACGAUGUGCACCAGAAGGACAAGUGCCAGUGUUUGGAUUCGUAG